UUAAAGCUGUAGCUAGCGGCGCCCCUGCCUUACCGCUCGGCCACUCGACUCAACCCACAUACACAAUUUGUAAUGCUAAAUUGUGUUAAACUGUUAUUUCCACAGAUUUAAUGAAGCAGAACCAUCAACCGAUGGAAUUGUUUUGACUACUGCUUUUCAAACUACUGAUGUUGGUUGUAAGUGGAAAGAAACUGAGGACAUGGAUGAGUGUGAACGGAUUAAGCUGAUAUAUGAUAAUGAAUUAGAAGGUAGAGUUGCUGAGAAAUUAAAACUGAAAGGUAAUCAAACAGAGGGAGUUGAAUCGACACCUCAACCAGCACUAGAACCAGCACCUCAACCAGAACCUUCACCUCUUCCAGCAGCAGAACCGGCACUUCAACCAGCACCAGAACCAGCACCUCAACCAGCACCAGAACCAGCACCUCAACCAGCACGUCUACCAGCACCUCUACCAGCACCAGCACCAGCACACAUGCCUAAAAGAACGAGAACCCAGAAAUUAAUUAGGCGUGUGUUCUCUCCAUUCAGCAAAAAAAGGAGAAAAAGAAAAUCAUCUAUCACACUAGAGUAUGAUUUGAUGUCAGGACCAAUAAAAACAGAACACAAAGAAGGUUGUUAUUAUUUAAUCAAUAUUCAAAGAAAUAUACAUAAUUGGAUAUUUUAUUCAUAUUUUUAUCAUAUCUUUAACCAUAAUGAUAAUAAACCGUAAUUGUUAUUGUUACAACAUUUGAAAGUG